AUUUUUCUCUCGCAACCUAUUGCGAUGUUUGUUGCCAAUUAAUACACAAAAUACAGCCAAGUGGCCACGCUGUAUGGAAAUGUCAAAUCAAGAAAUGGAAUUGAAAUAGUUGAAAAGGAAAAAAAUUCUCAGCGAAGAUUGUGAAAAUAUUGCGGAAAUGUUUGGUGAAGAAUUUGCAGACCUGCAAAUAAAAUAUAAGUGUAAACUACAAAAAGAUUUGUUCAAUAAAAUUUCAAUUCGAUUAAAUGUUUUACAUUGUGCCGUUUACAUUUAAAACAUAUCAAUCUGCUCAGGUAUUUAGUCGCACGGUUGCUGGAAUAGUCGUGAAAAUCUAAAAUAAAGAAUACAUAUGCUAAAAUGCCGUCAAGUGAAGUGGUGCAACAGUAAAAAAGCAAAGCACACAGCAAAUUCGAAAAAAUAAAAAUAAUAAAUUCCGAGUAGAGUGUCAGUAAAACAAAACACGCGCCGCGCACUCAAAUAAAAUUUGCAUUUCCAAAUUGAACCGAUAUUUAUUUCGUUAUUCCUUUCAAUAUUUUCGGUCAUACACGGUCAUACGUUCGAACGUGUUUUCCGGCGCUGUUACGUUGUUUUGGUGGACGCGCAACACGUAAAUUAUAUGCGAAAAUAUGGGUGGUUGCAUUGGCAUACACAGCACCGACAAUGAGACAGUCAGUGUGUCUUCAGCGAGUAUAUCGAGGCCACCGACAGGCGCGGGCGGCGCCCAAAUAGGUCCAUCGCGCAAAAAUCGCCCACUGUGCAAUGAAACAAUACGUUGGCGUUCCGAUGUGCCAUUGACGGAGGGACAGCUCCGUUCCAAACGUGAUGAAUUCUGGGAUACUGCGCCGGCAUUCGACGGUCGCAAAGAAAUUUGGGAUGCGCUGCGGGCAGCCACAAACGCGGCGGAAGAGUUAAAUUUUGAAAUGGCGCAGGCAAUACUGGACGGAGCGAAUAUAUCGGUGCCCAAUGGUUACCUUACAGAAUGCUACGAUGAACUCGGCACACAAUACAAAGUGCCAAUCUACUGUCUAUCUUAUCCUAUAAAUAUCGUUAAAGAAGAGAAUGGACGUGAUUCACCAGCGGAAUUCUCAGAGCCCGUCGACGGUGGCACUGAAGUAUUUCUAAAACUGCGAAUAUCGUCCACAAUGUCGGAUGUCAAAUUACCAGUAUAUUCAAAAGACACUGUGGGACAGUGCAAAAAGAAAUUGCAAGCUGUGGAAGGCAUCGACGCCUGCUGUCAGCGUUGGUUCUACAGUGGCAAAUUACUUGGCGAUAAAGUGCCCAUAGACGAGUGCAACAUACAGAACGGCUAUGUCGUACAGGUCAUUGUCAAUACGGAGCAUUAUAAUCACGAUAUUAGCACAAUUAUACCGGUUGCGAGCUAGCCAAGUGUUUGCGCUAAUGCAAAAUGUAAAAGAAUAUUAGCAACGAUUAUAGCAACAGCAGCGGCAGCAACGACAAUGUCAAUGCGAACGCUAAAAAUAACAACAACAGCAACAACAACAAUGUCGAAAGCCCAAAACAGAUGUUCAAUGUAGCGGCUGUGUUACAUUUGCAUACAUCGUAGUAAAUAUAUUUAUAAACAAUUUUAUUAUGAAUGAGACAAGCAAGCGACAUGUAACAGACGAACUGACGGACGGACAGACCGACAGACAGCAUUAUGCAUGUAAUGUAAAUUUCAAUGCGUUCUGCUAGAUACGUGUUGUGUAUAAAGCGCCAGGCUCACGCGAAUGUGUGUGGGCGCGCACUUUAUUGUUCUUGUAACAUGCAAAUCGUCAACGAUCGUUCACAUAAAUGCGUUAAUUGUUAAUUAUAGGUGUUUUCUUUUUUUCGUAAUAAUUUCUAUUAUAGCAUCACAUUUUACUUUUGCUCCUUGAUUAGACAUGCAUAUGUAUGUAUGUACGAAUUAUUGUAGUUGGUACUUGCGAAAAUUGAGAAAGAGAGACUUUUCGAAAUUGUGCUGCUGAGCGUCGUCAUUUGUUAGUUAGUUGCUGUUGUUGUUGCCUGACUGUUCUUGCUACGCCUUGAAGCAAUGGGCUGUGCAGCAGAUAUUACACACACACACACAUACACUUAUAUAUAUACAUAUAUAUUAAAUAUAUUGAAUGAAUGAUUGAAAAUGAUUGAAAGUUAUAAGCAUAUGCAAAAUGUAUAAAAAAAGGGGAAAAAAGCAAAAAAAAAAAAAAAUGAAAUAACUUAUUUGAAAUAGAAGAAACUGAACUUGUUAAAUAAAAUAAAGAAAUUAACAAUUUAAUUUUUCGAAAACAAUAAAAGUAAACUAGCAAUUACUAGAAGCGUAUGUAGUUCUAGCAUUUUCUACUACACUAAUUGUGAGUAAUGCUUAGUAACUAAAGUGUAAAACACAAAACGAAAACAAAUACUUUCUAAGCAUUAACACUUCGAAGUUAAUAUACGAGAUAUACACACACAA